ACCACCUACUUCCUCACCCAUAAGUCACAUAGAUCUCUUUUGUGCAGGAUCAUGGAACUUCUUGAGCUUCUCUUGGUGGGUUUACUUUCUUUAGUGUCAUCCGUUUAUGGAAAUGGUGGGGGAUGGAGGAACGCUCAUGCAACUUUUUACGGUGGGGCUGAUGCCUCUGGUACAAUGGGUGGGGCUUGUGGUUAUGGGAACCUAUACAACCAGGGAUAUGGGGUAAACACAGCGGCUCUCAGCACUGCACUUUUCAACAAUGGGUUGAGCUGUGGAGCUUGUUUCGAGAUUAGAUGUGCCAGUGAUCCCAAAUGGUGCCGCCCUGGCUCAAUUGUGGUCACUGCCAGUAACUUCUGUCCACCAAACAAUGCCCUCCCUAACAAUGGCGGUGGCUGGUGCAACCCUCCCCAGGAACAUUUUGACCUCUCUCAGCCUGUCUUUCAACGAAUUGCUCAAUACAGAGCUGGAAUAAUUCCCGUGGCCUACAGAAGGGUACCAUGCAGAAAGAAGGGUGGCAUCAGAUUCACGAUCAACGGCCAUUCUUACUUCAAUUUAGUCCUCGUAACAAAUGUUGGAGGUGCUGGCGAUGUUCAUGCUGUUUCAAUAAAAGGCUCAAAAACUGGCUGGCAACCAAUGUCAAGGAACUGGGGCCAAAACUGGCAAAGCAACGCUAAUCUCAACGGGCAAAGCCUCUCCUUUAUGGUUACAACGAGUGACAGGCGCACUCUGGUUUCUCGUAACGUCGUCCCGGCGAGCUGGUCCUUUGGCCAAACUUUCAGCGGCCUACAAUUCUCUACCUGAAGUUAAUACAGUUAAGCUUGCAAAUUACUAAGUAUGAAUGAUUAGUCUGUUGUGGUUUUCGCUUUUGUUUUGGGGGUGUAAAAUGGCGAAGGGCUUGGUUUGUGUCGUUUACAGAUUGUUAUUGUUAUGGGAAUUUCUGUUCUGCCGGAUUUUGAAAAGGCAGACGGAAAUGGCGGUGGUGGGCGUUUGCCACCCGGUACUUUUUGGUGAGUUUUAUAGAGUCAGUUGGGGCUUUUCAAAAGAGAUGUCAUGAAAUCACUGAUAAUAAAAUUUGUAAUAUCGAGUUUAAUAAUCGAAUUUGUAAUUAUUGUA